GACAACAUGUCCAACAAAGAUAAUGAAGAUCUCAAUGAAGAGGACAUUGAUGAAGAUGAACUCCUCGCUACGCUUUCUCCUGAGGAGCUUAAGGAGCUUCAAAGUGAAAUGGAUAUUAUGAUUGCUCCUGAUGAUAGUGUUCCAGUUGGACAGAGGCAGAAGGACCAGACAGAAAAGCCUCCGACUGGAAGUUUUGACCACAGAUCCUUGGUGGGGUACCUCUACUGGGAAAAGGAAUCCAAACGUAUGCUUGAGGAAGAAAGAGUUCCGGCUACUCUGUUACCAAGCGAGAGAACAUCGAGUCAGGAGGCAGAAGAUAAAGAAGAAAUCAAUACUUACGAGCAAGACAAAGUACAAGAAAUAAUCGAAGAAGCAAUUGAGGUCAAGGCUAAAAAUGGUUCCAGCGAAGGGGAAAUCAUUGAGGAAACCAUUCAUGAAAUUGUCGACGAAGUGCAAGAGAUCAAUGAAACAGACAAAGACGUCCACGAGAAAGACAAAGAGAUUCCUCCAAAUAAACAAGAAAAUAACGUGAUACAAUCUGAUCAAGCGGAAACUGAAACUUCACUCUGCAAAGACGGAACGAAAGAAGUUACAGACUUAACAGACGUCGCUAAGACAAGCGAACCUAAUGACAAACUCGAGCAAAAAGAGGAGAAAAAAAUUAAUAAAUUAAAAAUCCCCAACUUGGCGCUGAAUAACAUCAAAAUGACAUCUCGACCGUCAGGGAACGAGACAAACCUGGAGUCGACUCUCGACAAGAUCCGCAAUAACAACUCCUCGGUCACGGAGGUCAACCUCAACAACAUAGAAAACAUUCCCAAGGAGAUGCUCCUGGACUACGUCAACGCCUUGAAGAAGAACAAACACGUGAAAACCUUCAGCAUCGCAAACACCGGCGUGGAUGAAAACAUCGCGUUCAAUCUAGCCAACAUGUUACGAGAAAAUCGCAGCAUCAUCACUCUGAACAUCGAGUCCAACUUCAUAACGGGGAAGGGGAUCGUCGCCAUCAUUCGGUGCUUACAGUUCAACGAGACUCUCACCGAACUGCGAUUUCACAAUCAAAGACACAUGUUGGGUCACCAUGCGGAGAUGGAAAUCUCACGCCUGCUCAAGGCUAACAACACGCUUCUCAAGAUGGGGUACCAUUUCGAACAGCCGGGGCCGAGGAUGGUGGUGACCAACCUCUUAACAAGGAACCUGGACCGCCAAAGACAACUCAGAAAGGAGGAGCAGAAGCAGCAACAGUUGAAGGAACAGAGGGAAGUCAUGCAAAUGUACGAGAGCAGUCUAAACCUUCCUCCGGGUUUACUCCAAAUGCUUGGGUACAUACCGCCCCUUGAACUCCUCCAGAAACACAGUCUCGUUGCACCCCGAGAAGAACUGAACGAGACACCCCCGAAAGAAGAAAAGGAACAAAAGAGGGAAGAACCAGAACCUCCGAGGCAGAUCAAACAAAAAAGAAGUCCUAAACAACCAGGUUCCGAACCCCAAAACGCACUGAAAGAUGUCCGACUGAAGAAAACUCCCAAGAAACGGGAUCAUUUUCAGGAGUUGGACCGCAGAGAUGCCAUUCGACAAGAGAGGGGAAGUUUCCAACUGAAGAAGACUCCCAAAGUGAAGGAGUCGGUUACACAAGAGGCGGCGGAUGAAAAGGCAAACCUGAAGGACCUGAUAAAGACUUUGAAGCCGGUCCCUCGCAGGCGAGUGCCACCUAAAGUCGAUCCCACACCCCGGGACGAGCUACUCAAUGAUAUUAAGAAGAGUAGUGUGGCCUAUCUUAAAUCUGUGCCGCUCCCUAAAGCUCUGGAAUCAAGUGAAACAAGUCUCAUCUGA